CGUCAUAAUACAUGUCGUAUCUAUGCGUAGAUUACAGCAACACUACCACGCACAUCUGUUUUAACACACAUUGAAAGUUUGCAAGAAAAUGGGAUGUAACAACUCAAAGGUCGAUGAAAAUAUACAAGAAAGAUCAAAUUCGUUCUGUGCGAGAAAACGAAAUCAGGUCGCGCCCGCCAAGGACUCUAUUGGAGAGAAGACCGUGCCAUCACUGGAUGCUGAUAACACAGUACGUAAAACAAAGCAGACGGUUUUAAUGCAGCUAAAGACAGAGGGAAUUGCCCCCAGGAAAGGCAAUGGGGGCGUGGCUUUCAUUGUGGAAAUCAAUGGCGCCAAGUCCGAAUCCUCAACCUGCCCAGUUCUCCCUGGCGUUCCAGAAAGCACACACACCCAGUUCGCCAAAUACCCCCAGGAGGCGUGCCAAUCCGUAAACUUCCACCCUCCACGACGGCUCCCUCCAAUUAACAGAUUAGCUAUUGACGCAAAGCAGGAGCGGGCCAGAAAAAACAGGGAGAGGAAAGUAGCAGAAAGGAAGUCCAAGUGGGCGAAAAGUUAUGCCCGAGUGCAUGCAACCAUGCAGAAGUCGCCAAAUUGA